GGAGGAACUGAGGAAAGCUUUGAGACUACGAGAAAAGGUGUGGAUGGUGCGCACAGGGAAGCCAUUGCUCUCAACAACGAUGCGUGGAAAGCACAGUGAUCAGUGAUGUGCCUCUCAUUCAUGCCUCAUUCAUGAACCAUUUAAUCCGGACUCUGAACUUCCUUUGAUCAUCGAACAUCCAUUCCAACCGUUUAAUGUUCGCGGAAGAAACCCUAUAUCUCAGUUUACCGAACAUCAUCAAGAACGAUAGAACAUGACGAUCUUGUUCUGAUCCUUCAUUAAUAUUUUGUCUGUGUCAUUGGUUUCGAUCUCUGAUUCGAAAAAAAUAUGGCGGCUGGACAGGUCGUUAUGCGCGCUAAGUAUAAGACAUCUGUUAAAGACCCCGGCAUCCCAGGAGUGAUUAAGAUGACCUGGGAUAAAUUUACAUUUGCUCCAAAUGAUCCUAGGUCAUCCGUGAAGCUUGCUGUGGGGUUUAAAUCCAUUAAAGGUCACAAGUUCAGCAAGGAGGGAUCGAAACAGGCACUACUGAAUCUUACACAAGAUCAGGGUGGAGGUUACAUUUUCGAGUUUGACAAGUUCCCUGAUCGUGAUGUUUGCCGAGAUUUCGUGGGAAAAGUCCUUGGGAAACUUCAGUCUAUUGUUCCAUCUGGACAGGAUGUUAAAGUGGCAUCAGAAAGAUCUCCUGCUACAAUUCAAAAUGAACAACUUAGUCCAGAAGAAAUGGAGCGCCGAAUGAAGUUAUUGCGAGAUGAUAGUGAGCUGCAGAAAUUGCACAAGCAAUUUGUCAUCACCGGCAUCUUGACAGAAGCUGAAUUCUGGGCGACAAGGAAGAAGUUGCUAGGUGCUGAUGGCAAUAAAACAUCAAAACAACAAGUGGGGUUCAAAAGUGCAAUGCUUGCAGAUGUUAGGCCCUUGACUGAUGGUCGGACCAAUAAGGUCACAUUUAGCCUGACUCCGGAGAUCAUUCACCAGAUAUUUGCUGAAAAACCAGCUGUCCACCGAGCAUUUCUGAAUUUUGUUCCCAGCAAGUUGUCAGAAAAGGAUUUCUGGACAAAAUAUUGUAGAGCAGAAUAUCUUCAUAGGACAAAAAAUGCUGUUGCAGCUGCGGCGGAGGCGGCUGAAGAUGAGGAGCUUGCUGUUUUCUUAAAGGAUGAUGACAUAUUGGCCAAUGAAGCUCGGCAGAAGAUCAGACGGGUUGAUCCGACUCUUGACAUGGAAGCUGAUGAAGGGGAUGAUUACAUGCAUAUUUUGGACCAUGGAAUUCUGCGUGAUGGUAUUAAGGAGACUACUGAUUCAGAGUAUGAGCUAUACAAAAGGAGUCUCUCUCAGGACCUUAACCGGCAUGCAGCAGUUGUUCUUGAAGGAAGAGCUCUAGAAAUGGAGUUGGGAGACACAAGGACUGUAGCUGAAGCACUUGCUAGGUCCAAACAGGCUGAGCUAGCCACCAAAUCCUGUGAUGAGAAUACAAACCAGGGGCGGUUGGAAAGAGUAUCUCGGAUGACUGAGAUUGAGGAUCUUCAGGCACCUCGCACCCUUCCAUUUGCACCUCUUUGUAUAAAGGACCCUCGAGAAUACUUUGAUGCCCAACAAGCUAAUGCGCUUAAAGCUUUAGGAGACGCAGUAGCUGGAACAAGGCCUUCAAAUUGUACCUUGAGCACAGAGGAGGCAUAUGGUUCUUUUAGGGAGCUCAUUUCUGAGAUGAGAGCAGCAGGAUUGAGUGAUCCUGUAGUUAAACCCGAAGUUGCACUUAAGGUUCUGAAUGGAUUGACUCAUCAUCUCUCAAGCACCAAGUAUAAUCUUGGGAAGAGCGCUCAGGAGAGUGUCCUGGAUAGGCUGCCGAAAAGUACCAAAGAAGAACUUCUGCUUCAUUGGACAUCUAUUCAGGAAUUGCUUAAGCAUUUCUGGUCAUCAUAUCCAAUUACAACUUCAUACCUUUAUGAUAAGUACAGGUUAGCAGAAUCAAGGAUGCAAUGUCACAUAUCUAUCCCAAGCUUCAGGAGAUCAAAGAAUCCGUGCAGUCGGAUUACCGACAUCAAGUAUCUCUUCUUGUUCAACCCAUGCUCCAGGCUCUAGAUGCUGCCUUUGCACACUAUGACGCAGAGCUGCAGAAGAGAUCCACCACUAGGAGUGGGGAUAGACCAAAUGGAUUUGUCUAAGGGGAAUUUUGCAUUUCAUCAUAGCACUUCCAUCAUACUGUGAUUUUAUUGGAUGCACCAUAUUGGGAUGUGUGUAUAUAUAUAUAUAUAUAUAUGUAUGUAUUCUAUUAAAUUUUGUGUUUGCGGCAAGGAAAUCCCAAUAAUUACAUCAUUUGAGAAUUGUAUUUUUUUUUUAAUUAAUAUCAUGUGGUUAGUCAUUAGGAUGAGAGUGCAAUUUGUACCCAUCUGAACAGACCAUUUAGGUGAACAUUUGUAUUCCUACAGCAGCAGGACUGCAGGAGUUGGAUUGGGGAUUAAGAUCAUAAUCCUGAGUUACAAUCAGAUAUGUAUCCAACACUCUGUGAUAGGUAAUAUUGUUCUCAAUCACUUCCAUACAGGCCACAGCUUUCAUUGAAAAUUAUUGUCAUUUUUCUAAA